AUGUCGCAAGACGGGCAACAAAAUCCAGAUCUUGCAGCCAUCUUGGCCACGCUCGCAAGCCUGCCCAAGCCCGAGGCUCAACCGUACCAGGACCAACAAGCGUAUGAACAGAAUAAUAGCUAUCAAGGGUAUCAGGAUCCUCAGCAGCACUAUCAGCCCGAGCCGAUCCAUCAAUAUCAACCACCAACUGACCCCCGUCUUGCUGGUCGUCCACCCCAGCACCGACAACCACCUCCCAAAACCCAAGACCGGGUAUCAUCUCCGCUCAUUGACCCUUCAACCAUUAUAGAAUGGAAGCAAGGCCUCCGCUGCGUGAGCAAAAUAGCAGCACAAAAUCCUGAUUUUGCUCCCGCCGUUCGCAAGUUGAUGAAAGACCAAGAAGCAAAUGUCAAAUCCUGGGAAGCCGGCCGCAAGAAACUCAUCGAAGAGCAAAAAUUUCAGCGCGAAAACGAGCGCACGCAUCGAGCGGCUUUGUCACUUCCUGGUCUACUAGAAGGCACAGCACUCCUCCGGACCCCCGAGCGCGAAAAAGAAGAACUAGAUCAAUACGACGCGAAAGUUUACCGCGCCUGCAAAGCAAUGGUCGACUCGCAGUCUUCAUCCCUCAAAGUCCUGGGAGUUCCUUUUUUCGGUGUCAAACCGUAUCUUGUGCAAGGAGCAAGUUACGAUCCUUUGGAAGUUGUGGAUUCGCAGACGGUGACGCCAGGCGGGGGAAAGAUUACCAAUGAGAGGCUUUUGGAGUUGCAGAGGAAGAUGCUGAAUCAUCUUAUGGAGUUGUAUGGGGAUUGA